AUGGGCGAAGUCGGCGCGAAUGCCACGGAAACGACGACGGCGGCGACCGAUGAGCUGCCGAAGGAAAACGGAGAGGUGAACGGGACGGUGGCACCAGAGGUAGUGUCCCUGAAGAAGGCAGCAGUAGUGGCCGCUGCGAACCCGAAGGGAAACAGCAGCAGGCGCAGCACCGAAGGGGCCAGUGAGGAAGAGACUGCCGACGACGCUGAGGACGGCGGCUGUGGUGACGUCGACGGACAGAAAACGGUUGCCAGCAGCGAACCGGACGCAGACAAAGAAGAAAAAGAAGAAGAAGAAGAAACGUCAAAGGCAUCGAAGAAGGUGGUGAACCAGGUGGCCAAGGAAGUGGAUGCUGCCGAGGAACAAGACGAAGAAGAGGAAAAACAAACCGACGGCAGUGGCCGUGGCACAACAACGCCGCCAGCGCGAGCGCCAUCUAGCGAGCGAGGUUCCCCAAAAGUGACAGACGCUAGUGAGGGCGACGGUACGCAAUCAAAGCAACCCAACAGCAGCAGUAGUGGCAGCAACAAACGUCGUCACAGUAGCAGUAGCAGCGAAACGGCGGCAACCACCAUGAACAGCAGCCGGUCGAGUGCAGAAAAUGGUGGUACCAAGAGACCACCCGCCCCGUCAAAAACUCCAUCGUCGUCGCCGGUGGUGCUGCCAAACCUGGCGGAAGUGACGAUUGAAAAAUUGCCCCAGAGAAAAGACGAUCAGGCCAGGACGCAGAAGAAGGUGAAGGUCGACGGAGUAGGGGUCAUCGAUCUCGACCUGGACGAUGACGACGAUGAAGAGGAGGAGGCGGCGGCACACGAUGGUAGUGGCCAUGGUAAGGCCAAGCAAGGCGGUUCACAGCAAAAUGGAAGGGAACUGGACGGAGGUAACUCCUCCGGGAAGGCGAGAAGUUCCGGUGACAACGGAUCAGUGGAUCGCUCCGUCGUCAGAGCGACAGAAGUGGAUCGCAGUUCCAGCGUGACCCAGAAUGGUCACCAAGAGUCGGAGGUUGACGGCGAUGUGGCGCAGAAAAUGAAUCCCGGGAAGCCGAAAGGAAACCGACCGGUGGUGGACAUAAUGAUGAAGCAGGUAGAGGACGGCGAGGAGGAUGAGGAGGAAGAUGAGGGAGAAGAGGACGAUGACAAACCGGUCAGUAUAAACUCCGAUUCCGAUGGCGGUGGCGUGGUGGCGGCGCCGGCGGAAUCCGAGAACCAGCACCGAUCCACGGUGAAACCGAAAGUGACGGACGAAGCCGAACAGCAGCUGGUGGCGGAGAACCAGAAGAAAAAGAAGGCGGAAGGUAGUGAUCGGCCCCCGGCCGCGGACACGGUUCGAGUGGCGACGCCAGAGGUGGUCCAAAAAUCGCUCCACAGCGGCAGCAGCAGUAAGCCUGCGAACGGCGGGUUUCCUGUUGCCAUUAGCAACCAGAACGGUGAUGGUAGUGGUGACUGUGAUGGUGACGUAACGUUCCUGAGCGACAAGGAGGACGAUUGCGUGGUGAUAGAGGACGAUGAGGUGGAUGGAGAGUUGCCGCCCACGACCGGAAGCGCAAAGACGCCGAUGGUCACCGAAUCCGGUACGGUGCGUUCGCGAUCGAGCGCGUCCCGAUCGCGAAGGUCGCUACCACCCGUGACCAUGCUGCAUACGGGAGGUGGAGCCCCACCCUCCCUGGUGUCCACGGACGAUGAGGACGACGACGACGACGACGACGACAUACAGGAGAUCAUCGACGAUCCACUUGCGCCAGAGACGGUCGGUGGGGCGAUGCGGGGUUCUGGAUCGCUGCUGGCGGCGGUCGGUGGUGGCGGUCAGCUCGGUUCGUACCCGCUGGCAUACAAGGGGUCAUCGCAAAAAUCGCUCCUGAUGAACAGUGCCGGCGGGGCAUCGAUGCUGGGCUCGACGGGAAGCGGAUCGGGAACCGGAAAGGACCCACCGACACUGGUCAUCAUCGACACCAACACACUGAUGAACAAUCAACGCUCGGCGAACGUUCUCGGAGCUGCCGGAGCGGCAACGUCGGGUAUUGGGAGCAAUGCUUCCUUACUGGCCAAAGCCGCUGCUAUGGCUGCGGGAGGAAGUCCCGUGGGAGGAGGAGCAUUCGUUUGCUAA